AUGUCAAACCUUACAAAGCUUGAAUUUACGACACUUGAUGUAUCUGGAAAAAAUUAUCUGUCAUGGAUACUAGAUGCAAAAAUACAUCUGCAAGCCUCUAGUCAUGAGGACACUAUUAAAGAGAGAAAUAAUGCCUCUACUCAAGAUCGUGAAAAAGUAAUGAUCUUCCUUCGCCAUCAUCUUGAUGAAGGAUUAAAAAAUGAAUAUCUCAGUAAAGAUAAUCCACUUGUUCUCUGGAAUAGUUUAAAAGAACGCUUCGACCAUCAAAAAACUGAUUUUAAAAGUGUUAGUGAAUACAAUUCUGCAAUAUUCCGAAUAAGCUCAAAGCUAAAAUUGUGUGGAGAAACAAUUACUGAUGAAGAUUUAUUAGAAAAAACAUUCUCCACUUUUCAUGCAUCUAAUGUGGUACUCCAGCAGCAGUAUCGUGAGAAAGGCUUUAAGAAAUAUUCAGAGCUAAUUUAUUGCCUUCUAGUGGCUGAGCAGAAUAACGAGCUGUUAAUGAAAAAUCAUGCGGCACGACCCACUAAUUCUGCUCCAUUUCCUGAAGUAAAUGCGAGCGCAUAUAGAUCUCCUCGUGGUCGUGGUAGUGGUCGUGGUCGUGGUCAUGGUUAUGGUCGAGGUGGAAAUAAUUACAACCAUGUCGGUUAUAAUAACUCCUUUAAGCAUAAGAAUCACCACCAGAAGUGGGAUAAGAAGGAGGAAAAAUAA